UUUCACACGAAUUGGCCGCAAGAGUUUUAGCUGAUUUGGUGUUGUGAUUUUGCUAUUUUUUGUGCGUUGGCGGCGUGAUUUCUCCACUGAGCGUCCCACUCACGCUCCCCGCUAGCAUCCCGUUCGUGCGUGCUAUCGAAAUCCGUGCGAAUCCUUGUGCGGCUCCUUCCUAGCGGCGGUCUUGCGCUCUGUUGUUUUUGCCAGGCUGGUACGAGGUGGAGCAAAACUGCAUAAAGGACAAUAAAGAGCGAAACAGUGCAGACAGAUUAGUUCGUAGGAAGCAGAGCAGGAGGUGGUGGUGGUAACAUAUUUUCCUUAAAACCGCAAACGCACAAAAGAAAUUUAAACAAGGUGGUGGAAGAGAUACAACUUAAAAUUGAACAAGGAAUUUAGCUGGCAAAUUGAUAAGACUGAAAGUGAUUCAUGCGAGUUCCACCGAAGUGGUGCUGGCAGCAGACGAGAGGGGGAAGAUAAAGGAAAGGGACGAUUAUCCUGGCAAAUGCGUUGGUUUCCACCUUCCUCUCGUGACCUACCGAUAGAGCUAAGCAGCAGAAAGAAAGGACACAAAUCGCCUCCCCAAAGACUCCGUUUGCGGCCCCUUUGACUAGUGAGAAUGGAAUCGUAGCGAUUCUUCGCAUGAAAAACGCAUUUUAGAAUAGGAACUUCCGAAGUGUACGUUGUUGAGGUGUGAUUAAAAGGCUCGUGACGUGCCGCAGACCCGUUUUAAAACAGCCAAGCAGAGGAAGCAGAUCCUAUUGUGCUACGUCUACAAGCAUCUGGAUGGUCUCGGAUUUCGAUUACUAGACUAGUGUAUCCAAAAUGAAUGGUCUAAGUUUUGGUGAAUUGUGCUGCCUCUUCUGCUGCCCACCGUUUCCGGGUCGUAUAGCUGCCAAACUUGCCUUCCUGCCACCGGAACCGACCUACAACCUCACGCCCAUCGAUGAGUCAAAGGCAAAGUAUCAGCUCAGCUUCAACGAGCGCGCCGAAUGGCCGUACUCGGAACGUGAAAAAGAGAAUGUCGAAGGAUUCUUCACCCGUACCUCGCGUGGCAACAAGCUGUCCUGUAUCUACGUGAAAUGCACACCAACGGCCAAAUACACGCUGCUGUUCUCGCAUGGUAAUGCCGUAGAUCUUGGGCAGAUGAGCAGUUUCUAUCUAGGGCUCGGAUUGCGGAUGAAUUGUAACAUCUUUAGCUACGAUUACUCGGGGUACGGCAUGAGUGGUGGAAAACCUUCGGAGAAAAAUCUGUACGCUGACAUCGACGCGGCAUGGCACUCGCUUCGAACGCGGUUUGGUGUCAGCCCGGAGAACAUCAUUCUCUACGGUCAAAGCAUCGGUACCGUACCGACGGUUGAUCUGGCCGCACGCUACGAGGUAGGAGCUGUGAUUUUGCACUCACCCCUCAUGUCGGGGAUGCGAGUGGCCUUUCCCAACACAAAGCGGACCUGGUUUUUCGACGUUUUUCCGAGCAUCGACAAAGUUUCGAAGAUAUCGUCACCGGUGUUGGUGAUACACGGGACUGAGGAUGAGGUCAUCGAUUUCUCCCACGGGUUAAGCAUUUACGAGAAGUGCCCGAAGGCAGUGGAGCCUUUGUGGGUUGAGGGAGCUGGUCACAACGAUGUGGAACUGUACAAUCAGUAUCUGGAUCGAUUGAAGAAAUUCAUUGCUAUCGAACUGAGCAACUGACAAUUAAAGAGUGCCUCCUCUGGUCAGCCGCCAUCAUCUUCCUCCGCUAGCCAAG